GAUACAGCUACGUUCAAGGCAACAACUUGUGCUUUAAUUGCCUCAUACCUAAUCACACUGUGUUUAAAUGCAAACAACGCACGACAUGUCAAAUCUGCAAGAGAAAACACCACUCCUUAUUACAUAGAGAGAAGAAGACAGUAAGUGAAGACAAACAGGUUACAACUGCAACGAAAGAGGAUCCGCCUGCUCACACAAACGAAGAAAAGUUUGUCACCAAGGUCACAGCGCAUGUGACAAGCGGAGAACAGCCUGAUGAGAAUAUAUGGUUAGCCACAGCACUGGUAGACGUCACAUCGAGUUCAGGUCAGUCACACGUCUUCCGUGCGCUCAUUGAUCCAGGUUCAGAGGUGUCACUAGUAACAUCAAGAGUCAUCGAUUUAUUAGGUUUAAAGAAAAACGAGAUCAGCGGCGUCAUGUUUGGUGUUGGUGAAGGUAAUCGCACAUCUCUUAAGCACUUAGUAGAUUUACAGAUUACGUCUAGAUAUGAUACAAAUUUCUCAUUUAAUGUAAACAAUGCAUAUGUGUUGAGGUCUAUAACGCGUUUGUUACCUGAAAGGGAAAUUAGAGGUUAUACUUGGCCAAAGCUUAAGGAUAUACAACUGGCUGACCCCACCUUCAACGUACCAGGUAGGAUAGAUAUUUUACUUAGUGCGAAAAUCUAUGCUAAGAUAAUGGACAAUGGUUUGAUUAGGGGGCCAGGCGACGUAAUCGCGCAGCACACCCGUCUCGGGUGGAUCUUGUCAGGUGAUAUUGAGGUAAAAUCAAGCAGGUCUCAUAAUGUCAGGAGUUUUCACAUCACAAGACAGGUCGAGGAAGAUAACAAUCUACUAAGAAAAUUCUGGGAAUUGGAAACAGAACUUUACACAACCAAGAAAGCUUGGUCUAAGGAGGAAGAAAGUUGUGAAGAAAUCUACAAAAAUACAACGGUAAGGGAUGAAACAGGAAGGUAUAAAGUGCAUCUGCCCCUGAAACAAACUAAAGAAGAAACAAUAAAGCUUUGUGGUGAAACAAAGCAACAAGCAAUUACUAGGUUCCAAUAAAUAGAAAGAAAGUUCCAGAGAAAUGGCAAACUGAAAGAAGAAUACACAAAGGUCAUCAAUGAAUAUUUGAAUUUAGGGCAUAUGAAGAAGGUAGAGAAGGAAGAUGAAAGGGAAGCUAUUUACCUAGCCCACCACCCUGUAAUUCGUGAGGAUAAGGACACUACAAAGGUAAGGAUAGUAUACGAUGCGUCGUCGAAGGGUUCCAACGUUAGAUCCUUAAAUGACAGCAUGCUAGUGGGACCUACCUUGCAACCUGAUCUACGCAGCCUUAGCAUUCGCUGGAGAUGUCACAAAAUCUGUGUGGUAGGCGAUAUAGUUAAGAUGUAUCGUCAAGUAAAAAUGACAAACAACCAUACCGAUUUACAGCGGAUAGUGUGGCGAGAUGAAGCUUCUGGCAUCUUGGAAAGUUAUCAGCUGUUAACAGUCACUUUUGGGACCGCUGCGGCACCUUGGUUAGCAGUACGAACGCUUCUUCAACUCGCUGACGAUGAAUCUGAAAGGUAUCCACGAGGCGCAGCAGUGGUCAAGGACUCCUUCUACAUGGACGACUUGAUGACUGGCCAUGAAGACUUAUCUGAAAUGAAAGUAAUAUGUAAUGAAGUUAAUAAGUUAUUAAAAGCAGGGGGCUUUCACAUGCAAAAAUGGUCAAGCAACUCUGAGGAGUUGUUAAAGUACUUACAAGAGGUUAGUGACAGUAAAGAAACAGUGAACAGUCUAGAAAUAAAGCUAGAUAAGGUAAUAAAGAUACUUGGACUUACCUGGGACAGGAACGAAGACACCUUUAAGAUUACUGUGAACUUACCGGAACUCAGGAAUCCUGUAACAAAAAGGUUAGUAUUAUCGGAUGUGGCGAGUCUCUUCGAUCCCUUAGGAUGGCUGGCUCCAGUCGUCAUAACAGCGAAGGUCAUGAUACAGAAAUUAUGGCUUUGCAACCAUGGAUGGGAUGAAGAACUGCCCGCAGAAAUAGUUAACGAAUGGGUUACUUACCGAGAUGAGCUGAACGAGCUGCAAAUGAUAGGAAUCCCACGGUGGAUGAAAAUCACAGCAGGCUGCAAGGAUAUACAACUGCAUGGGUUCGCUGACGCAUCAUCAGUGGCCUACGCCGCAGUAGCUUAUGUGAGAGUCUUGAGUAUCCCGAAAUUAGAACUGUGCGCAGCAGUCUUGCUUGCAAAACUAUUGCAUGAGCUCUCCAACUUACUGAAGAUACCGAUGGAGAAGACAUAUGCCUGGACAGAUUCGAUGGUGGUCCUAGCCUGGUUACAGUCUCAGCCAAGCCGAUGGCAAGUUUUUGUGGGCAACAGAGUCUCAGAAAUCAUACAAAUAAUUGACAAUGACAGAUGGCGACAUGUUCAGUCAAGAGACAACCCUGCUGAUCUGGCCUCUAGAGGAAUCAGAGCAAGAGAAAUAGUAGAUAAUGGACUAUGGUGGACUGGACCAGAGUGCCUGAAAGACAAAGAUACUGAGUUCACUAGAGUUGACAUUCUACCAACAAGUUUAGAAAUGAAGAAGACGUUUCACAUUAACCUAGGUGACACUCCUAUCUGGGAAAGGUUCUCAUCCUUGACAAAGUUGAAGAGAGUUCUAGCUCAAUGCCGAAGAUUUAUAAACUGGAAAAAUAAGACAAGUCGAGAAGAUUAUUUGACAGCAGCUGAAAUGGAAGAAAUAGAAAUGAGAUGUAUAAGAUACUACCAAUAUUCGAUAUAUGAAGAUGAAAUUAAAGACCUGAAAAAGAAUGGUAAAAUUAAGGCAAAGAGUUCUUUAAUCACGCUGACUCCAUACUUAGAUGAACGUGGUCUGUUGAGGGUCGGUGGCCGCCUUAACAACUCUUCCAUAGCAGAACAAGCAAAACACCCUAUCAUCAUUCCCAGUAAGCAACAUAUCACAAAACUGCUGAUAAAAGAAGCGCAUCUCAGAACAUUGCACGGAGACAUACUGGCUAUGAUGACAUACAUUAGAAGCAAAUAUUGGAUUAUUAGUCUAAAGGCAGCUGUCAGACAAGUUACCCACAGUUGCAGGACAUGUAUUGUGGAAAAGGCUAAAACUCAACAGCAACUGAUGGGCCAGUUGCCCGCCCCGAGGGUUACGCCUCAUCGUGCGUUCCUUAACAGUGGAGUAGACUACGCAGGACCUGUGCAGUUGAGGACAUCGAAGGGUCGCGGUCACACGUCGACAAAGGGAUAUAUUUGUCUUUUCAUCUGCAUGUCCACCCGAGCGAUACAUUUGGAGGCUGUGACGGACCUCACAGCACAAGCUUUCAUUGCAGCUUUCCGUAGAUUUGUUGCCAGAAGAGGCCGCUGCUUACAUCUUUGGAGCGACAACGGGACUAAUUUUGUAAAAGCCGACAAAGAGCUAAGAGAUAUGUUCGCAAAAAGCAACUCAAGUGUAACUAAGGAAAUAGCGGAACUAUUAGCCAAUGAUGGCACAACCUGGCAUUUUAUUCCCCCGAAGGCUCCCAACUUUGGUGGACUUUGGGAAGCUGGCGUACGCUCGGUAAAAAGGCAUCUAAAUCGUGUUAAUGGCACCUCAAAGCUGACAUACGAAGAGAUGGCAACUCAGCUGGCUCAAAUUGAGUCUUGUUGUAAUUCAAGGCCUUUGUCACAUUUAGAUGAAACGUUAGACACCUUAAAUCCACUUACACCUGGUCAUUUUUUGAUCGGAGAACCGGUAACUAGCGUUCCGGAUAUAAACUAUGAAAAUAGAAAUGUUAACAUGCUGACCAGAUGGCAGCUUAUACAAAAACAGACGCAAGAUUUUUGGAGAAGAUGGAAAGCGGAAUACCUAAACACCUUACAACAACGUUACAAGUGGCAGGACACAGUGAAUCCGCCAACUGUUGGAGAUAUCGUUGUAAUCAAGGAGGAUGACAUGCCGCCGGCAAAGUGGCUAUUAGGAAAGAUAACAGCCUUACAUCCAGGACCUGAUCAGCUGGUGCGUGUUGUUACUGUGCAGUGUAAAGGAAACAACCUUUUGAAGAGGCCCUUGUCUAAAUUAGUACUUUUGCCAAAACACCCCGAUAAUUAGGCUACAGUGUCCGCUUACCAUGACUUUAGUAUAGGCCGUAUACUUGUAUGUCACCAUCGAGAUGUACAAACCCGAGUAUAACAGGGUGGGCGGUCAGUCUUUUAAAAUACACCUAAUUAAAGUUUAAAGUAAAUACCUACUUAUUUACUUACCAGGCAAAACCUCUAAUCAACCCAAUCAGACAUAUACUUAGUCGCGAAUAAAGUUAAACGAUCAUUAGAUAAUCGCUUUCCCGUUGCGUAUCUCAAUACAUAUGCAUAUACUAAGUAUACUUAAAUACUUACCUAGACAUAACUUGUAAACGUUGGGAUGAUUUAGAUAGUUA